CCCUGGGUGGGGCCAGCCUUGACGCACCGCGCCUGCGCGACGUCUCUUUGCAGGGCCCAACGACCAGCUCCCAGCCCCGCUUCGCCGCAGCGGCUUGAGCCCUCCGGCCCUCCAUAGGCGCUCGGCUGUUGCGCCGCUCCAACUUCCUACUCGGCGUUCCCACGCCUAUUCGAGUGGAUUCCGGGCACUCCAGGAAGAGGUAGGCUCAGCCUUUCUCCACGUCAGAGACCUAACUCUGGAGAUGGCGGCUCAGAAGAUAAACGAAGGGCUGGAGCACCUCGCCAAAGCAGAGAAAUACCUGAAAACUGGUUUUUUAAAAUGGAAGCCAGAUUAUGACAGUGCCGCCUCUGAAUAUGGAAAAGCAGCUGUUGCUUUUAAAAAUGCCAAACAGUUUGAGCAAGCAAAAGAUGCCUGCCUGAGGGAAGCUGUUGCCCAUGAAAAUAAUAGGGCUCUUUUUCAUGCUGCCAAAGCUUAUGAGCAAGCUGGAAUGAUGUUGAAGGAGAUGCAGAAACUACCAGAAGCCGUUCAGCUAAUUGAGAAAGCAAGCAUGAUGUAUCUAGAAAAUGGCACCCCAGACACGGCAGCCAUGGCUUUGGAGCGGGCUGGAAAGCUUAUAGAAAAUGUUGAUCCAGAAAAGGCUGUACAGUUAUAUCAACAGACAGCUAAUGUGUUUGAAAAUGAGGAACGGUUACGACAGGCAGUUGAAUUAUUAGGAAAAGCCUCCAGACUACUAGUACGAGGACGUAGGUUUGAUGAGGCAGCACUCUCUAUUCAGAAAGAAAAAAAUAUUUAUAAGGAAAUUGAGAAUUAUCCAACUUGUUACAAGAAAACAAUUGCUCAAGUCUUAGUUCAUCUACACAGAAAUGACUACGUAGCUGCAGAAAGAUGUGUCCGGGAGAGCUAUAGCAUCCCCGGGUUUAAUGGCAGUGAAGACUGUGCUGCGCUGGAACAGCUUCUUGAAGGUUAUGACCAGCAAGACCAAGAUCAAGUGUCAGACGUCUGCAACUCGCCGCUUUUCAAGUACAUGGACAAUGAUUAUGCUAAGCUGGGCCUGAGUUUGGUGGUUCCAGGAGGGGGAAUCAAGAAGAAAUCACCUGCGACACCACAGGCCAAGCCUGAUGGUGUCACUGCCACAGCUGCCGAUGAAGAGGAAGAUGAAUACUCAGGAGGACUAUGCUAGUAUUUUGCUUGCUGAAAAGAAAAGGAAAACAAAGGGAAAAUCCUGACAUGCUAUUUCAAGGACUUGGUUCUAGAUUAGGGAUGUCUGUACUUCAUUACAGUGGUGAUUUUGGAUCCUAAUAAAAACUAGUUUUUAGUUACCGUUUUCCCAAAUCAGUUAUAUCCUUUAUCUGUGAAGCAUAUCUUUUUCUUUCCAUAAGAGCUUUUUUAAGACACCAGCAGAAGUUAACAGAAAAGCUACUGUCAUGUUUUAAUACAGUUGAUUAAAAAAUUUACAAGCCAAAUUAUACAUAAAUUAUGUUCUAAACAAAAGGAGUAAUAAACAUAGGUAUUCUUCCCUCUUGGACAGUUAUAACUUACUCUUAGUGAAUUGUUUUUUAUAUUUUAUUUAAUAAUUGCUGCUAAAAGUGAUGUUUACUGGUAAAAUUAUUUUAAAAUUUGUUUUUUUUGGAAAAGGAAAUUUAUCCCCUAUGAUGUUAGAUACAUUUAAAUUAUUAUGUCUUUUCAGAGAUGAGAUGGGAGCAGGAAGUUAUUUUGAGCCUUACAAUAUUAUUUAACUCAAUAAAAGGUGCACUGAAGCUCUUAUAUAUCAGUUUGAAAAAUUUUGAAGGUAACAUAUUAAAGUGAUUCUAUAAAUACCUUCAGUUCUCUCUGAAGUGUAGGUAUUUCUUCCUUCUAAAAAAUACAUAGUGACUGUCUCCAUAUCUACUUGGCUCUGAACCAAAUAGGAGCUAAUAGCUAAGGAAUACCUUUUUUUUGUUUUUUUUUUUU